AUGGCUGCACAUUUGAUUACGGACAAACGCCUUUUGACUCACUAUUGCAAUAAGCUGGACACUAUCAUCUCAAGAUUCAAGGGCGAGGAACUUGAGACCCUUAACGUAGCCGCAGCGCAAGGAGAAUCAGCUUCUCAAUACACAAGGGAAAGUCUCCAGCGACUCAGCGAAGCAAUAGGAGCUUUAGAUACAGUGACGCACAACAUCAAACAAACAAUGACGGAGUACGCUACCAAAUUCACGGAGCUGGACUACCCGACCGAAAAGGACAAACAAGACUUUGAGGAAUAUUCAGCAAAAGCGGAAAAAGCGCUCAUUUCGGCCACGGAUUACUUACUGGUGCUGAAGGCAAGGGUUCACGCUUUCAUUGUGGUAAAAGCAGAGCCAGAGCACAACCAACACAGUGGAUCAGUCCAGUAUCUUGAGGAAGAAAUCUCCACAGACGAAAUGCUUGCGGUCUACAUGAAGAAUACCAAACCGGACCCAACACCUACCAAGCCGGAUAGAAGACGAUCUGACCGAAUAAAAACGUACUUAGGGACUUGCAUGUAUUGUGAGGGAAGACACAAGCCAGCGGAUUGCAAGAAGUACAGUACUCCACAAGAACGCUCUGACUACCUACGCAAUAACAAGCUCUGCCUCAUUUGCGCCUCAGCACAACACUCAACGGCUAAUUGCAAAAAGCGGAUGUGCUUCAGGUGUGGAGGACCCCACCACACAUCAUGCUGUUUCAGAGGUGACAUUAUGGCAGGCAAAGGAGCACCAACGAAGACAAGUCCACCGGUGAGCGAAGGGAAAAAACCCAAAGCCCGAGACACGGAGCGACACUUAAAGCACACAGAAACAAGAAAAGUAAACGCCCUCCAUGAAGACAACUCCGAAACUGAAGCUGUGUCUGCACUGGAUCUGCAACCAGUACACAAAACUAGAAGGGAACUUGAUCACAGGCAUUGUCACAAAGCCCCAAGAAAAUUUACUUCAGAAAGACGAGACGGCAAAGUGGGAAGCUGCGUGCACAAUGGAUGGCAAAAUCAGUAUACUAACGGUGCAGACGCCUAUAAUACAAGCAGGCGAGGACGAAGACUCCUUUGA